AUGGCGCAUAUAAUCUUGCCAGGUAACGCGAGACAACAUAUCUUUCUUCCCUCGCCCCACUUCAUGAUGCAAGAAGUAAUCCCAGCCCAGUAUUUAUUCAUACCCGAUGAUAUUACUCAGCCAAUCCGUCAAGCAGACCUCCAAUACGGAGGCCCGACAUUCGUGGACGACGUAGAUGAACUCCUUGGGCUCAAAAAUGGGCCACUUGGUUUUAUCGGCGAGGAAUGGUUGUGGACUGAAGGGCAACUCAGGAUGCCAUAUCCACAAUUCAAGGGCGAAGAACCUUUUCCCCCACUACACGAGUACCUUGCGUACCAAGCGAUCAUGGACGACUACGGGAACAUGACGCGGGCGCACAACAAACGCGCUGCUGAGCUCCUCCGGCGUCCAGUUACUCAUGGCUCCGUCCUCGUCGCCAAAAUGAUCGUGACAAGGAAGCCGGAUGAAUAUAUGGAAACCGUACUUCGUUUUGAGGAGUUGACUGAACAGGAACUGCGGAGCAACGCGUUCUCGAAGAAGAGGAGGGAAUGGCACAGGGCAACAACUUGA